GCCAUGGAAAGUGCAAGGUUUGUCCAAAAAGUCCCUGGAUUUGUCCUUCGCGGCUCGUUGAAGAAUAAGAACUUGUCCAACGGACUCUGAGGGGACUUUUGACCUGGAUACAUGGUUUACAGCCCGUUCUUCUCCCUCUCUGCGCGCGUGUCAUCGCAGGCUGUGACUGUGCCCGCGCGCUGGAGGCAGAGAUGCAUCCAGAGAUGUAACACGGCUCAUUCCCUGACAAACCUUUUUUCCCACACUGGCGCUCGAGAGGAGACUGUGGACGCGAGAGUCUGUGAUGAUGAUGAAGUCCGCAGCUCCAUCUUCCUCCUCUGCGCUGGACUCAGCUCAGCUCCGGAGCACAACUUGCGCAAAAACUUUAUAAUGAUGUGAAGCUCUGGCACAGGGACGCGCCGACCAUUGCGCACAGGAACUAUGACCUGGAUCUCGUGGAUGUUGCUCGUCAACUUUUUCUUUUGCUGGGCUGCGGUUGACGCGCAGGCGGGGUUUGAUGGUCCGCUCUCUGCACAGGAGCAGAUGUUCAUCCUUUAUGAAGUCAAACUGCAGUGCUACCAGAACCUGUCCAGCAUUGAGCCGGGCUCCACAGAUGAUGUGUGCGCUCCAGACUGGGAUGGUCUCAUUUGUUGGCCACAAGGAUCCCCUGGGCUGGUUACCAAGGUUCCCUGUCCGUCUUACAUCUACGACUUUAAUCAUAAAGGACACGCGUACAGGAAGUGUGAUGUCAACGGUUCCUGGGUGUUUGUGGAGCGUUGGAACAAAACAUGGACCAACUACUCAGAGUGUCUGCGCUUCCUUCAGCCCAACGAAGAGGAAGAGAGACGAGACUUCUUUGAGCGUCUGUACGUCAUGUACACCAUCGGCUACGCUGUGUCCUUCAGCUCGCUGCUCGUGGCCAUCUUCAUCAUCGGAUACUUCAGGCGUCUUCACUGCACCAGGAACUACAUCCACAUGCACCUGUUUGUGUCCUUCAUGUUACGAGCCGUCAGCAUCUUCGUGAAGGACAAAGUCGUCCACUCCAGCGCUGGGCUGCAGGACUUUGACUCCGCCCUUUUGGACAAUCUGAAGACAGUUAGCAUAGCAUCUCUGGACAAGUCUCAAUACAUCGGCUGCAAGGUGACCGUGCUGCUCUUCAUCUAUUUCCUGGCCACCAACUACUACUGGAUCCUGGUGGAGGGCCUGUACCUUCACAGCCUCAUCUUCAUGGCCUUCAGAUCGGACUCGAGAUACCUCUGGGGCUUCACACUCGUCGGAUGGGGUGUUCCAGCAGUUUUCGUGGCAGUGUGGGCGAUUGUCAGGGCGACACUGGCAGACGCGAGAUGUUGGGAGUUAACUGCCGGCAACAUUAAGUGGAUCUACCAGGUUCCCAUCCUGACAGCUAUUGGGCUCAACUUUGUCUUGUUCGUGAACAUUGUGCGAGUCCUCGCCACGAAAAUCCGAGAGACAAACGCAGGACGAUACGACACCAGGAAACAGUACAGGAAACUGGCAAAGUCCACCCUCGUCCUCGUGCUGGUGUUUGGAAUCCACUACAUCAUCUUCGUGGGGAUGCCUCAUACGUUCGAGGGGCCGAGCUGGGAGAUCCGCAUGUACUGUGAGCUGUUCUUCAACUCGUUUCAGGGUUUCUUUGUGUCCAUUAUCUAUUGCUACUGCAAUGGUGAGGUCCAGACAGAGAUAAAGAAAAAAUGGACGCGCUGGAACUUGGCCUUUGAGUGGGAGGGCCCGGUGGUCUGCGGCCGCUACCGUUACGGCUCUGUGGUCGUGGGAAUGAACAACAACAGCACCAGCAGUCAGUCCCACCUGGCCGGGGCUGGGCCUUCCACACGCUCCACCACACUUGUUUCAAGCCAUGUUUAUCGGCGCACGUGCCCCCCCGUGGUCAACUUGCACGCCACUCUCCCGGGUUACGUGAUCAGCAACUCGGACCCGUCCAUUCCUGAGGAACCUGAGGACAGCGGCCCCAAGCAGGUGGACGAUAUCUCGCUGAAGGAAAAUAUGCCUGUUCUUAAUUCAAGUGCAACAGCUGAGGAUGAGGAGGAAACACUGUAGCAGUUGUCUAACGUCCACGGAGACGUUAGAGACUGGUAAUCUUCUGCAGGUGGAGCCGUGUCAACCUAUCACAGCGUCAUGUAAUUCAGAAGAGGUGAUCUAAGACCAACAAAGUUUGACUGUGUACAAGAAAAGGAAAAACGUCUAGAGCUCCAUGAAGAAAAGACAAAAUACAAAGUACAAAAUUAUGAAUGACUUACAAAGCAGCCACAGGGUCUGGAUACUACAACUAGGCGUCACCAAAAGAAGGAUUUAAAAAAAUAAAUAUUGAGUGAUCAUUUGAACCUGAGCUGCUGUUGUCUCAAGCUAAUUUUGUUCAUUCACAAUACUGCCUGCUCUUGAUGGACGAUGCAAAUCUCUUGUAUGUGAGCAUCAUUUACAGAAGUCACAGUUCCACCCAGCAGCCUGAUGGGGAAAAGCGGCCCAUCCAACUGAAAAACUUUUAAAUUAUAUUGACUUUGAGAAGCGUCUGAAGAAAAAGAAACACAAUGAUUGACUAAACAGAACAACCCUUGUUUUGUCUCAGUAAAGUCAACAUCAUAGCGCCCACUACUGUCUCCCGCCAGCAGGAGGCCAGUCGGCAGGUUGGAAAAGUCGCUGCUGCAUGUGUGUGAAACUGUGGUAGUCUCCUUUUAUUUCAGCAUUUCCGAUAAAGUGUACUUUACCUUCUGUUACAUUGAUUGUAUCAAACGUGAGUUCCUCCAGCUGAGGGUAAUGAUAAGUGACAAAAAAACACACAUUCAAACACCAGAAAAUAUUUAAAAGAAACUAGAACAACCACCUCGUGAUUUUUAUGCACCAACUAGUCAAGUUGAAGUUUACAUCUAUGUGUGUCCAGACUCGUGUAAUGUAUAUAUAUAUAUAUAUAUAUAGAAGAUAAAAUGACACUUAAAGAUUGAAUGAAAGAUGUUUAGUCUAUUAUGUCAUAAUCAGUGCAUGAAUUCUUGAGUUAUGGCCAAAAACUGUGUGUUGUGGAGUCACGGUGACCUUGACCGUCACCAAUCGAUCUUUAAAUCAGGUCACUUCAGACCAAUUGAAUGUUUGUGCCAAGCGUGAAGACAUUUCUAUCGUUUUCGACUUUAAGACCGAGUUGAAAUGCAAACACUGUUGACUUUUCAAUGUUCACUUGUGCACAGACACUUUCACACUUCCAUCAUGCAAUGUUUACACCUUCUUAGAAAAAGCCACGGAAAUUGCUUCAGUCCACAGACAGAAUUCGGGGGAACAUCCCACGUGACAGUAAAGCAGCAGUAAAAUCAUCACUUUUGUAUUCUCGACAAUCAGAUUGUGCUGACUGUGAAGGGCUCCGUUUGGUGAAGGGUUUGAUGUCCGCUUUGUGGAUGCAUGUUUGUCAGCCAGUUAAAUGCAGCGCUUGUCACAAACAGGAUCUUUGUUGUACACGGGCCUCUCCUGCCCCAGCACAAGCUUUAAAACGUAGAAUUGAAAGGUUUCUUUGUAAUUUUAUCUGUCUGUGUCCUAAGUGCAGCUGUUCCCCCCCCCUCCCUGAUAUCUGUUUGAGUCUUUCUCUCCCUCCACCUCUACUC